AUGGGAUUCACGGGUACACAGUGCGAGAUCGACAUAGACGAGUGCGCCGCCAAACCAUGUCUGAACGGAGGCGUCUGCACCGACCUGAUAAACUCGUUCAAAUGCACUUGCGCGAACGGUUUCGCCGGUUCUCACUGCCAGAUCAACAUAGACGACUGCGCGUCAUCGCCGUGCAAAAACGGCGGUAUUUGUCAGGACUCCAUAGCGAAAUACACAUGCGAUUGUCCGCCAGGGUUCACCGGUGCAUCGUGCGAAACGAACAUCAACGACUGCCAAUCGAACCCGUGCCACAGCGGCACCUGCAUCGACGGGGAGAACAGCUUCAGUUGCAACUGUUUCCCAGGAUUCACCGGGAAACUCUGUCAGAUCCAGAUCGACGAAUGCGAGAGCAAUCCUUGCCAGUUCGGCGGUCGCUGCGAGGAUCGUAUAAACGGUUACCUGUGCAUCUGCAGGCCUGGAACAUCGGGGAUGAACUGCGAGGUGAACGUGAACGAGUGUUACAGCAACCCGUGCAGAAACGGGGCGAGAUGUAUCGACGGUAUCAACAGGUAUUCGUGCGAGUGCGAGCCAGGUUUCACCGGUCAGCACUGCGAGACCGACAUAAACGAGUGCGCGAGCAAUCCAUGCGCGAACGGCGGACGUUGUAUAGAUCUGAUAAACGGAUUCCGUUGCGAGUGCCCACGCGGCUAUUACGACGCUAGGUGUCUCAGCGACGUCGACGAGUGCGCGAGCAAUCCGUGCGUGAACGGCGGCACCUGCGAGGACGGUGUCAACCAGUUCAUCUGCCAUUGUCUGCCUGGUUACGGCGGGAAAAGAUGCGAGGCGAACAUCGACGAGUGCGGCUCGAAUCCCUGCCAGCACGGCGGCACGUGCAAGGAUCAUCUGAACGGUUACACAUGCGAGUGUCUGGCCGGUUACGCGGGGACCAAUUGCGAAACGAACAUCGACGACUGCGCGAACAAUCCCUGCCAGAACGGUGGAUCCUGCAUCGAUCUCGUCAACGACUACAAAUGCGUCUGCGAGCUUCCACACACCGGACGGAACUGCGAGGACAAGCUGGACCCUUGCUCGCCUAACAAAUGUUUACAUGGCGCCAAAUGUUCACCGUCCUCGAACUUCCUGGAUUUCGCCUGCACCUGCACGGUUGGGUACACCGGUAGACUGUGCGACGAAGAUGUAGACGAGUGUGUGAUGACGUCUCCUUGCAGAAACGGAGCUACUUGUAGGAACACUAAUGGAUCGUAUCAGUGCCUUUGCGCGAAGGGUUAUGAAGGCCGUGACUGUAUCAUCAACACGGAUGAUUGCGCUUCCUUCCCCUGUCAAAAUGGCGGUACCUGUUUAGACGGCAUCGGCGACUACACUUGCCUCUGCGUGGAUGGUUUCAGCGGCAAACACUGCGAAAUCGACGUGGACGAGUGUCUGUCCCAGCCGUGUCAAAAUGGCGCCGUUUGCAAGGAAUACGUAAAUUCUUACACCUGCCAGUGUCAGCUCGGCUUCUCGGGUAUAAAUUGUCAGACGAACGACGAGGAUUGCACGGACAGCAGUUGCAUGAACGGUGGCAAGUGCAUCGACGGUAUCAACAAUUACACCUGCGUCUGCGAGCCUGGUUACACUGGCUCGAACUGUCAGUACCGUAUCAACGAGUGCGAUAGUUCCCCUUGCUCGAACGGCGCCACCUGUCACGAUCACGUUCAGUAUUACACUUGUCAUUGUCCAUACGGUUACACUGGGACUAGAUGCGAUCACUAUGUUGACUGGUGCGCGGACAAUCCCUGCGAGAACCAAGCUACCUGCGUCCAACACAAGAACAAAUAUCACUGCAAUUGUUCUCCAGGAUGGACCGGUAAAGUCUGCGACGUUGAAAUGGUCUCGUGCAAAGACGCGGCUAUCAGAAAGGGAGUUUCCGAGAAGAAUCUUUGUAACAACGGUACCUGCGAGGAUAUCGGUAACAGCCAUCGUUGUCACUGUCUGGAGGGAUACACAGGAUCCUACUGUCAAGAGGAAGUCGACGAGUGUGACUCUGCUCCCUGCCAGAACGGUGCCACGUGCAAGGACUUGGUUGGGUCUUAUCAAUGUCAAUGCACUAAAGGCUUCCAGGGUCAGAACUGCGAACUUAAUGUGGACGAUUGUAGACCUAAUCCUUGUCAGAACGGUGGCACUUGUCACGACCUGAUCAGUAACUUCAGCUGUUCAUGUCCUCCUGGUACUCUCGGUUUCAUUUGUGAAUUGAACGUUGACGAUUGUGCCAUCGGUACUUGUCACAAUAAUGGUACCUGCACAGACAAGGUCGGAGGGUUCGAAUGUAAAUGUCCGCCAGGUUUCGUUGGACCAAGAUGCGAGGGUGAUAUCAACGAAUGUUUGUCCAAUCCGUGUACCUCGCCGGGAACACAAGAUUGCGUGCAGUUGAUCAACAACUAUCACUGCAACUGCAAACCCGGUUACAUGGGACGCCACUGUGAAGUCAAGGUGAACUUCUGCGACAGCUCACCUUGUCAGAACGGUGGAGUUUGCACGGCUAAACAGGCUGGGCAUACCUGCCUCUGCCCCAGCGAUUAUUAUGGUAACAACUGCGAGUUCGCUGGUUCUUAUUGCGACAGAGAGCCUUGCUUAAAUGGCGGCACGUGUAGAGUGGCUGAGACUGAAGUCGGUUAUAGAUGUUACUGUCCACCUGGUACAACUGGAACCCACUGCGAGAUCGACGCGAGGGAUGAAUGUGCAAGUAAUCCGUGUCAACAGUCGAACGCUGUCUGCAAGAAUCUCCUCGGCGAUUACGCUUGCGAUUGCCCUCCCAAAUGGACCGGGAAGAACUGUGAAAUUUAUGAUUCGAACUACGGAGGCGGUAUUUUCGGCAGGGCAAACACAAAUGUACCGAAGACCAUGAACGCGUACGACCUCGAUUUGGAACUGGAAAGAAAGAAGUGCAUUGAAAACAGAUGCGAAGAGAAAUCUGGAAACCAUCAUUGCGACGAAGAGUGUAACAGAUACGCCUGCAACUUCGAUGGAAACGAUUGUUCCUUGGGCAUCAAUCCGUGGAGGAAUUGCACAGCUCCGAUCAACUGCUGGGACGUGUUCAUGAACGAUGUCUGCGACGAAGUUUGCAACAAUGCUCAAUGUCUGUUCGACGGAAGGGAUUGUGAAAGGAAACUCGCACCUUGCAACCCCAUCUACGACGCCUAUUGUCGUAAACACUACGCCAACGGACACUGUGACUAUGGUUGCAACAAUGAGGAGUGUAACUGGGACGGUCUUGAUUGCGACAGAGAACCACCAUCGUUGGCAGAAGGUGUGAUUUCAGUGGUAGUCAGAAUGGAUAUGCAGACCUUCAGAUCCAACGUGGUAGCUUUCCUAAGAGAUAUUGGUCACGAACUUCGUACCACCUUAAGAGUUAAGCAAGACGAGCUUGGCAACGACAUGAUUUAUCCCUGGAAGAGGGAAAGGGAGCCCAGUCUACAAACUAACUUCUUCGGUCGACCAACCACAAUCUACACCAAUAGUCAGAAUGGAGUGAUCGCCUAUUUGGAGAUCGAUAACAGAAAAUGUACGGUCACCCAAGGAGCGGUAUGUUUUCCUUCAGCCAACGAGGCGGCAGAAUAUCUAGCAGCCACCGCAUCCAAGCAUUCUCUGUCAAGAAACUUCCCUAUCGAGCAAGUCCGGGGUGUCGUGGGGCCGCAGGGUCCAGAGUACCCAGACACACCAACGAACUACAAGUACGUCUUUAUCGGUGUUGUCAUUGUGGUACUUGGCGGAAUGCUGGUUGGUGUAUUGGUCACUGCGCAGAGGAAACGUGCAGUAGGUGUAACAUGGUUCCCCGACGGGUUCCUUCGCACCAGCAGCGGAAGCGGACAACGUCGCAGAUCUCGAAGAAGAGGUCCGGAUGGUCAAGAAAUGAGGAACCUGAACAAACAGCCGUCAGUGAACUGCAUGGAUUUAGAUGUAGGAAACGGUCGAGCUCAACAGUGGUCGGACGACGAGUCAGACUUACCACCUUCAAAGAGGAUGAGAGCUAUAGAGCCUGGAUACGCCAGCGAUCAUACCGCCAUUACAGACUAUGAAGAGACGGAACCUCAAUUAUGGACCCAACAACAUUUGGACGCCGCCGAAAUACGUCGACCGGACGCUGGAGUGCUAACACCGCCGAGCUUAGAACAUGGUCAGGACGUGGACGCCAGAGGUCCUUGCGGAAUGACGCCGUUGAUGGUGGCCGCUGUACGCGGUGGAGGAUUGGAUACCGGCGAGGAAGAAGAUGAAAGCGACGGUACCGCAGCUGUAAUAGCUGACUUGGUUGCUCAGGGCGCGGACUUGAACGCUACUACGGAUAAAAGUGGUGAGACGUCCCUUCAUCUGGCAGCUCGUUAUGCCAGAGCUGACGCGGCUAAGAGACUCCUCGACGCUGGAGCGGACGCCAAUUCUCAAGACAACACUGGCAGAACGCCUCUACAUUCCGCUGUUGCUGCUGACGCAAUGGGAGUCUUCCAGAUACUCUUGAGGAAUAGGGCGACGAAUCUCAACGCACGUAUGCACGACGGUACCACACCUUUGAUCCUGGCCGCGCGUUUGGCCACCGAAGGAAUGGUCGAGGAUCUCAUAAACGCUGACGCUGACAUCAACGCGGCUGAUAACAGUGGUAAAACGGCUCUCCAUUGGGCCGCAGCUGUGAACAACGUCGACGCUGUUAACAUACUCCUUGUUCAUGGAGCGAACAGAGACGCCCAAGAUGACAAGGACGAGACACCGUUGUUCCUCGCCGCCAGGGAAGGCAGCUUCGAGGCUUGCAAAGCGUUGCUAGACACUUUCGCUAAUAGGGAGAUUACCGAUCAUAUGGAUCGGUUACCUAGGGACGUAGCUAGCGAGAGAUUACAUCACGAUAUUGUCAGAUUGCUCGAUGAACACGUGCCCAGAUCCCCGCAAAUGGUCACCGUUAUACCGAAUGGUCCUCUUAUGGGAUCUCCGAACCACCCUCAACUAAUCACACAUCCGACAGUGAUCGGUUCCGCGCCGAAGCAAGGAAAGUCGAAGAAACGACCGAAGACUGGUACCGCUGGCAACCCAAACAGCCCAGAAUCGGAAGGCGGAGUGGUAGUGGUAAGGCGAAAGCCGUCGGUGAAGAAGCCACCGGCGAAACGCGGUGCUCAGCCCCCAAACCAGGAGAUUCCCCAAGGAGCAGAAGGUGCAGAGGGAAAUCUACCGAGUCCUUACGACAGCGCGAGUCUGUACAGCAACGCGCUGCCAUUGGUGGGUCACACAGCCACGGCAAAACAACCGCCUCCGUACGAGGAUUGCAUAAAGGGCCAAUCGAUGCAGGGUCUGCAGCAACUGGGGCUGGACACGUUCACGACCAACUACGGGUUGCCUAAUUUUCACGACCAACUACUAGCUCCUCACCAACGACAAACGCAGGGCAUGGUGAACACGUUAUCGCCGCCUUAUAGUAAUCAAUCCCCGCCGCACUCGGUGCAGUCGAACAUGACGUUGUCGCCGCAGGCUAGCUACAUGGGUUCCCCGUCGCCUGCCAAAAGUCGGCCAUCGUUACCGACCUCGCCCACCCACAUCGCCGCGAUGAGACAGGCGACACACCAAAAACACGGUGGUAUGCCACCGGUCGGCUUCGACUUCGAGAAUCUUCCGUACUCCUCGAGUCAGCAACAACAACAGCAGCAACAGCAACAGAUGCAGCAGACGCAGCAGCAGAUCCAACAGCAACAGCAGCAGCAACAACAACAGCAGAGCACGCAACAGCAACAGCAGCAACAACAGCAGCAGCAACAACAGCAGCAGACGCAACAGUACUACCAGUACUUGACACCGCCGUCCCAUCACUCCGGACCAGAUGUGACGCCGCAGCACCUGAUGCAGGCGCCAGAGAGCUUCCCAACUCCGUCACCAGACAGUCCGGGUCACUGGUCAUCGAGUUCACCGCAUUCGAACAGCGACUGGUCCGAGUGCAUGGCCUCGCCGAACGCGUACAGCGCCGGUGCGGGUCACCAAAGCAACAAGGGCUCCGAGGCGAUCUAUAUAUGAAGCCAGGUGAUGCUCUCUUCCUCGCGCGAGUAGGUCGUGUAACGCACAAGGACUGUGAUUGACUCGUCGAGAACGAGGGCGAUUCUCUCUGGUACGAUAUUUAGGGACUUCUGCGCGGUUGCUACGGUUUAGUUA